CUCUUGAAGACAUUAAUAAACAACAAACACCCUCCCUCUCUCUCUCUCUCUCUCUCUCUCUCUCUCUCUCCAGAUCUACUCCUCGUUUUCCUCUCGUAGGCUAAAUCGCGUUUCUUUCACCGCAUUCUCAUAUUUGUAUUCGAGUGAUCUUGGGUUUCUCCUCACAUUCGUCUUCCUUGUCGAGAUCCAAUCUAGAGACGCUUCUGUGGUUCUGAACAGCCUGACUUUUCAUAUUGACAUUUGGAAGACCUCGCACGACCCUUUUUAAUAGUUUUGGUUCUCAAAUCUUAGUAGCAAGUUGUGUUUGUUGGAAGGCUGAUCACAACCAAAAUCACUGACUGAAGAUCUUAUGAUAGCAAACAAUUUCCAGUGUGGUGUGUGUUUGUCUUCUGUAUACUGUUGAGACUAAUAGUUGUUGUUUGACAAUGAGGGGGAGAGGGGAUGGUGGACAAAAGAGGCACCUGGUACCACUAAUUUGUGGUGGUGCGGUUGUUCUAGUUUUUCUCUUUCUCUAUUGUGGAUCAUUUUUUGGCUCCGGAGGGCAGCAUGCAAACACUGCUUUGGAAUAUGGAAGUAGAUUCUCGAAAUCAUUGGGUUGGAGUAGUGAUGAGAAUGCAGAGGAUGGCAAAUCAGAUGAGUCGAUUUUUGGAUCGGAGGGUGGAGCUGACAGUGCUCUACCUAAGAGCUUUCCAGUAUGCGAUGAUCGUCACUCAGAGUUGAUCCCCUGCCUUGAUAGAAACCUUAUCUAUCAAACUAGAUUGAAGCUAGAUCUAUCUUUGAUGGAACACUACGAGAGGCAUUGUCCUCAGCCUGAGAGGCGCUACAAUUGUUUGAUCCCUCCGCCAGCAGGCUACAAGAUUCCUAUUAAGUGGCCAAAAAGUCGAGAUGAAGUGUGGCAAGCAAAUAUACCUCACACUCAUCUUGCGCAUGAAAAAUCAGAUCAGAACUGGAUGGUUGUCAAAGGUGAUAAGAUUGAAUUUCCUGGUGGUGGCACUCAUUUUCAUUAUGGAGCUGAUAAAUAUAUUGCAUCUAUUGCAAAUAUGCUCAACUUCAGCAAUAAUAUUUUAAACAAUGAGGGAAGGUUACGGACUGUUCUAGAUGUCGGGUGCGGAGUUGCGAGCUUUGGAGGAUAUCUUCUCUCAUCAGAUAUCAUAGCAAUGUCAUUAGCACCCAAUGAUGUUCAUCAAAACCAGAUCCAGUUUGCUCUAGAGAGAGGAAUUCCUGCUUACCUUGGUGUAUUAGGAACAAAAAGGCUUCCUUAUCCAAGCCGAUCUUUUGAGUUUGCUCAUUGCUCACGUUGUAGGAUUGAUUGGCUCCAGAGGGGUGGCAUUCUUCUGCUAGAGUUGGACAGAGUGCUUAGACCAGGUGGCUAUUUUGCUUAUUCAUCUCCUGAAGCUUAUGCUCAGGAUGAGGAGGAUCUCAGGAUAUGGAAGGAGAUGAGUGCCCUUGUUGAACGGAUGUGCUGGAAAAUUGCUGCAAAGAGAAACCAAACCGUUAUUUGGGUUAAACCUUUGACCAAUGACUGCUAUAUGGAUAGAGAGCCUGGGACCCAUCCCCCUCUAUGCAAAACCGAUGAUGACCCGGAUGCUGUUUGGGGUGUACGAAUGGAAGCAUGCAUUACCCGUUAUUCUGAACAGAUGCACAGAGACAAGGGAACUGGUCUGGCUCCUUGGCCGGAACGUUUAACUACACCUCCUCCUCGCCUAGCUGAAUUGGAUAUUUCUACUGAUACAUUUGAGAAGGACAUGGAAGCUUGGCAAAAAAGGGUGGAAAGUUACUGGAAGUUGUUGAGUUCCAAGAUCGGGCCAAACACUUUAAGAAACAUAAUGGACAUGAAGGCAAACUUGGGAUCAUUUGCAGCUGUGCUCAAAGACAAGGAUGUUUGGGUAAUGAAUGUUGUGCCAGAAGACGGGCCAAACACCCUUAAAGUAAUUUAUGACAGAGGCCUGAUAGGCACUGUCCAUGAUUGGUGUGAGGCAUUCUCAACGUAUCCGCGAACUUAUGAUCUUCUUCAUGCUGGGACUGUCUUCUCUGGCAUUGAGAAGAAAGGAUGCAGUGCGGAGGACCUACUUCUUGAAAUGGACCGUAUUUUGAGACCAAAUGGUUUCAUAAUCAUCAGAGAUAAGCGCAUUGUCGUGGAGUUUAUCAAGAAGCGUCUAACAGCUCUGCGUUGGGAGUCAGUGGCUGUUGUGGAUCCUGAGCCGGGGUCUGAUUCUGAAGAUGGUGAGAUGGUGUUUGUCAUUCAGAAGCAAAUGUGGUUGCUAGACAACACUGCCUGAAAAGAUCAUCAGCAUAAGAUUCUAGCAUAAGAUUCUGGUUGAACGUCACCAGGUUAUAUUCCGCUUCUUCAUGCUAGUCAAAGCAUACAUCAGAGUGAAUUAUGAAUGGAUUUAUUAACUUAAUUUUUCUGAGUCCCCUCCAUUUCCAUCAUUUAACCAAGUGCUAAGCUAUGUAAUUUUGUGGUCAUGAAGCAAUUGAUCGCCAGUUGUCUGUUAUUUUCCUGUUUGAAUUUCUCUUUUCUUUUAUCAUUCCAAAGGAUUCAAUUUUUGGUCAUGUGUUUUCCGAAACAUUUUGUUUAGAUGAUAUUAUUUAUUCAGUGAUUCUUGUUUAA